AACUCCUGCUCUGCUUGUACAGAGACCAGAUGGCCCCUAAUAAAGGGCCCCUGUCUCCUUACUCCUGGAGCGACCUCCACAGGACACCACAAGGGACAUGGUCGAAGGCCUUCUCCAGGUCCACAAAACACAAGUGGAUUGGUUGGGCAACCUCCCAUGAACCCUUGAGCACUCUGUACAUGGUGUAGAGCUGGUCCAGUGUUCCACAGCCGCUGAUCCUCCUGAGGCCGAGGUUUGACUAUUGGCUGGAUUUUCCUCUCCACCACCCUGGCAUAGGCCUUACCAGGGAGGCUGAGGAGUGUGAUCCCCCUGUAGUUGGAAAACACCCUCCAGCCCCCCUUCAUAAGGGGGGCUCCCCAGUGUGCCAAUCCAGAGGAACUGUUCCCAACCGCCACGCAUUGUUGAAGAGGCAUGUCAGCCACAACAGCCCCACAAAAUCCACACACUUGAGGUACUCAGGGUGGAUCUCAUCCACCCUCGAAGCCUAGCCACUGUGCUUUUUGACCACCUCGGUGACUUCAGCCUGGGUGAAGAACAAGUCCAACUCCAAGUCCCCAGUCUCUGCUUCCACCAGGGAAAGCAUUAUGGCAGGAUUGAGGAGAUGCUCGAAGUACUCCUUCCACCACCCGAUAAUGCCCCCCGUGGAGGUCAGCAUCUCCUCGGCCCCACUGUAAACAGUGUUACCGAAACUCUGCUUCCCUCUCCUGAGGCGCCAGACGGUUUGCCAGAAUUGCUUCUAGGCCAACUGGUCGUCCUUAUCCAAGGCCUCACCGAACUCCUCCCAGGCCCGAGUUUUUGCCUCUGCCACCUGCACGGGACGCGGAAGGCUUGGCCUCAUGGUACCCAUCAGCCGCUUCAGGACUCUCACAAGCCAACCACAGUCGAUAGGACUCCUUCUUCAGCUUGACGGCAUCCCUUACUGCUGGUGUCCACCACUGGGUUCAGGGACUGCUGCCAUGACAGUCACCACAGACCUUACGGCAACAGCUAGGGGCAGCAUCAUCGUCAAUAGAGGCAGAGAACAUGGUCCAGUCAGACACUAUAUCUCCAACCUCCCCCGGAAUCUGGUCAAAGCUUUCCCAGAGACGAACCUGGUGGAGAAACAUGUCGAGCGGAUCCUUGGCCUGGAGUCUGCGUUAAGGCAGAGGGAUGAUUCCCUGCAGAAACUCAACAUACAGUUGCACAGCAAAGACAUGCAGUAUCUACAACUCCACGCUGUUCCCGACAAACACAUGUUGGACUGUCCAGCCCUGACCCUUCAGAGCUCACGCAGCCUGGAUACCCUGUCCGACCUGAAGCUGCAGCGGCUGGAGGUGGAGCUAGAAGGGGCACGGCACGAGGCACAGGGGGCGUGUCAGCGAGAGGAGGAGAUGAAGGCAGAGGUCGAGAGACUGAAAGACGAGAUCGGACAGCUGCAGGACGACCAGAGGGAGAGGGAAAUGACUUCUCCAUGCAAGCGGUGCGAUGUGGAGUGGAUAAAGAAGGUGGGAGAUGAGCAGGUGAAUUUGGCUCUGGCCUACACAGAGUUAACAGAGGAACUGGGACGCCUCCAAGCCCUGUGCUCCAAGCAGACAGAGAUCCUGAGGAAAGCAGUACAGGAACCAGCCAGUCCAGUGCAGCUUCACUCUCCCAUUCACCAUCAGCGUCACUCUCCAGUAUCCCAGCGCCAUUCUCCCAUUUCUCAGCGGCAUUCACCAGUACCACCACAUCACUCCCCUAUCCAGCAGCGCCGCUCUCCGGUGCUGCAGCGUCUCUCUCCCGACAUGCAUCGCCGCUCCCCACUUCUGGACGUCAGCGAUGGACCUGCCUCUUAUUCCUACCGACCGCCCACCCAGCACCUGAGAGCCAGUUUCCAGGGUCGCCGCAGUUACUCAGAGGUAGCUGACCCUUCAGCUUAUCAGUGCCCACCUCGCUUCUCUUUGGACCCAGUCUCCACCCUGCCAAAGCCACGGCCCUAUGUUGAGGGCUACCCAAAGCAGCAGCCCCAACAUGUUGGUUCCCCUCACAGUGGGCUGCAGCACCGAGGAUCCUCGUCCCCCCUUCCAGCUGGGGCAGGCGGAGACAAAAGUAUGGGGGACAACUCCAUGCGCCACUCCAGAGAAAUGCCUUUCCCCCUGUCAGAGGUGGCACACCUUCAUUUUGAGCCCCCUCCUCCUUCCACACCUGCCCCCCAACCACCACAGUCUUCUGAGGAUGAAGAGGAGUGGACCUGUUCACAUCCCAUCAGCCCCCCGAGGACUCUGGGUGUUCUCUCUCCUGGUGUACCCAGCAGCAUCAUGAGGGGCCCGGCAUCCUGCACAGCCUUUCCCAUCCCUCAGAGGCCCAAUAACCUCAGCUGCCAUCCCCAGCAGGGUUACACAACAUCAGAGCACGCUCAAUCCUGGCCUUCUAUCAACCUCUGGAUGGAGAGUGAGGAGAACGACAUGAGGAGCUGCCCUCUCUGCCAACUGAUUUUCCCUGUUGGAUAUCCCGAUGACGCUCUCAUCAAGCACAUUGACUCCCACCUGGAAAACAGCAAGAUAUGAUUGCCAUGGGCCAAACAACCCACAUGCACACAUCUGCUCUCUUUCCUCUUACAGGUUUUUAUAAGAGUACAGCAGAUCGUAUAAAUGAAAAGUCACAUGUAGGAAUCACGCUUAGGAGGUUAACCACAUAUAUUUGUGUCAUAAUUUGUAGGAAUUGACAGAAAACUAUAGAAAGGAUUCAGUUUUUUGAGAAGUUCAGAAACACUGAUCCGUCUUGGAUUUAUGAACCCAUCAUCAGUCCUUUACUGAUUGCCCGUCAGACAGGUCUGCCUCCAUAACCACUGGCUGUGGCUGCUGGUGUUUUGCUCUUAGUUUGGUUGUGAGGCUUCAAUAACGCUUCAGAUACCUUUUUAUUUUUCCACUUCACAGUGUAGUAUACCUUUAUUUAGCCGAGUAAGCCAACCCUGAAGGCAUGAGAGGCACAUUGGCAGCUUCAGGGGGUUCAACACGCCUUAAAGUUAGUUUCUGUUUUUAUUACUGUCUGAUCAGGGAGAUUUGAGUCAUCACUUUGAACAACAUGCAGAUUAUUUUGCAGUUAAUCCUGUGUAGCAGGAGUCAAGGGCAACAAUGGUAGAAGUUGGUUUAAUUAAAUAAAUAGUCAAAGAAAUGAGAGAAUAUGAUUUUUGAUGGGGAAAUAACUUAAUAUUAAAGUGACACAAGUCAGGGGUUUAUAUCAGUUUACUUUUUUAAAACACAAGGCAGUUAAGGAAGAAUAAAGCAUUCCACUUUCACACUUACCUUCUAGCAAAUAAAUGGACAAGCUGGAGAAAAUGUACCUGAAGUCGUCUGAACGAGCCUGGAGUUUAUUUUGCACAAAAACUGUUGUGAUUAUGCCCUGCAAUGCAGGGUUCCUCUGAUAAAAUGUCUUAUUUUGUAAUUAUGGGGAAGUUUUAGUCAGAAAAUACCUUUUAUGCUUGCAGCCUGUUCAAAAAGUAUCCUAGCACUUUAAGUUAACAUAGCCUAUAAAAUGUACAUGUUGUCAGUGUCCAUAUGCGCCAAUCAGCCACAAUGUUAGUGAACUCUGAUUAUCUAUGACCUGAGAGAAAGAGAGGAGCGAGUUCUGCAGGAUAAGGAUCUAAAUUAGCUUGACAAAUAUACAAUUGACAAUUACACAAAUGUAUCAGAGAAAUAUCAAGUUAUUCCUCACAGGAACUGCUCCAGCUUCUAUGGUUUAUGUAACGUUUAGUAUACAAUAAAGGCCAGGAAACCAGCAGGAAGUGUAUGAACAACCAGGACUUGAAUGUGGGGAGCGACGGUUGGACUCAUCUUACAGACGAGUUAUUACAGCCCAGUGUGAUGAGGUUGUGAUACUCGUCAAACAUCAAAGCUCGAACUCAAUAGCCACAGAUCAGUCAGCAGCUUAAAAACUGACAGAUCUGGAACUAGACCAUGGUGCAAUGGAUGGCCAUGUUCAUAAUUCAUGUUGUGAGCUGACGGCAGACUGCACCAAAGUAAGAUGGACAAUAGGAACUUUGGAUCCUUGUGGUACACAACACCUACCUAAUUGUUGUUGCAUGUUCAUAGCAACAAUAGUGUCCUCUUUAAGAAGGAUUAUGUGCCCUGCAAGACCACCUAUGGGAUGUGUUGGAGAAUAACUUCCUUUUCACCGACAACCUAUCUAAUUUCCUCGAGGACUCCUGCACUGAGGAUACUCAGACAAUAUUGGUGGGGUCGGCUCAAAGUUGUGGCUUAUUGGGGUGUAGAUAUUAAAUUUUCUGAUUUACUUUUUAUUUUGUCUACAUCUAUAAGACAAAAUCUGUAUAUGAAGAUAUAUUUUUGCAAUGUUUAAAUGUUUAUGCACCACAUGUGUGAUAUUGGUGAGAGGUUUCUCCCAUGUGUUUGCACACUACUAUAAAUAUGGGAGACAAGGGUCAAAUUCACACCACAAGAGGUACUUUUCUGUACAAAGACUAAAUGAUCCAAUAAGGAAUCUCAUUUCUUUCUUGAGUUCUAAUCUUCAUCAGUUUGAUGUCAAGCGGCCCAGACCACCCAACAAAAAAAAAUAUAAAUCCAAGCUGCAUGCGAUUUGUAUCUGAAAUACUAUAUCCAAAAAGAUGAAACAGCUCCUGACAGCAAAGUUAUUUUUGCAGGGUUAAGGACAAUACUCUUCUUUUGAUACCUGGAUUUAUUUAUUUUUAAUCACUAAUGUGAUUUGGUUUAAAAUCUACUUGUGGUACUUGAUCUUUUUAAAAAACACAAUACUGAUGUCACCUGCUCUGAAGUUUUUAGUCACAAAAGCAUUUUGUAAUGUAGGGGAGGUCCCCACUGUUUAACUUAUUUAUUUAAACUGGAUUUGAGUACGCAAGGCAGUAAUAGUGGCUGAAUAACAAACAGCAGAAAUGGUUUGAAGUAUUUCUGAGUAAGUUGCAGAAUAGAGUUCUGACUUUACAGCUAAGGUUUAGAGAAAAAAUCCCUUGAAAGUCAUAUUACAUUAAAGGACAACUCUGGUACCUCUUUUAUUACCUUCAGUUUAUGUGGCCACAGGGAUGACUAAGCAAUGCUCUUUUUGUUGGACUGCACAGCAUUCCCUCAUUAAACCAGUGGUACACAUUGUAAUGUGUUAAAAAUUAUAUUUGUGAACAUGUUCCUUUACAGUUUUAAUGUAUAAAUUGCAGAGAAAUACUAUGUUAUCUACAUUGUUUGUAGUAGUCACAACAACAUAUCUUAUGGCAUAUCUUACUGCUCUUUUGACCUCAAACUGGAACAUGAUUAAAAGAAUUAUGCAUGACAUUUCCAGGUCCAAAUUCUAAUUUCGAGUUUCCAAUUUCAUAUGCUAAUAACACAUAGAAUUACCAGAUAACCUGUACACCAAGCUAAUUUGCGAAAGCUGUCUGGUAAUAAUCUACUUAAUUUGUAAGAACUGAUAAACUUUUAAAAUAUGUUCCACACAUUAUUAUGCAUUAGUUUUGUCAAAAGUAAUUAGAAACAACAAGAAAAAUCCCAAAUUGUUGUAAAACCUUUGAGAUAAUGUACUAAGUCUUGCCACAGCUAAAACAAAAAUGUAAAUCUUUUAAACGCCAUUUUAUUUAUGAAGAAAUUCAUUUUUCCAUAGUGAUAUAUCCAGAUCCAAAUUCAGUUUCCAAGGUUUAUUGCACAUAAUAUUAAACCUACAGCAUGUACUGGGGCAGUUCGGAGCCGAGUGAAGGAUUAGCUUUCUCCAGGUCGGGGCUCGCCCUCACCUCCCUCAAGUGGAGUUUAAGUAUCUCAGGCUCUUUUUCACUACGAGGGGAGAAUGAUGCGGGACAUCGACAUCCGGAUUGAUGCGGUUACUGCAGUAAUGGAGGCGCUGUACAUGUCCAAUGCGGUGAAGACAGAGCUGAGCCAAAAUGCGAAGCUCUUGAUUUCCUAACCUCACCUAUGGUCAUGAACUUUGGGCCAUGACUGAAAGAACAAGAUCCUGGGUACAAGUGGCUAAAAUACGCUUCCUCUGCAGGAUGGCAAGGCACUCCCUUGGAGAUAGGGUGAUGAGCUUGGGAAGUCAACACAUCUCUGCUGAGACUGCUGCCUCUGUAAACUGGUCCCGGAUAAGCAGAAGACGAUGAGUGCGUGUACAAGUAUGGACCAUACAGGCCUUUUAUAAACAAAAUAUCCAGUUAGUACAAUAUCUUAAGGCAUAUCUUGAGUAUGUUCCAUACUAAUUCACUGUUGCAAUGAGCCCAUAGUGUCACAAAUGAAAAUAGAUCUUAUUUAAGUUAUCAGUUGGAUGGAUGGUAUACAGUAAAACCCUUGCUUACUAUUGUCAAACAGUUUAGGUUUUAACAAAGUUAAAGCGAUACAUUUUUAUUGAAACUUACAAUGGUAUAAGACAAACACAAAGUCUAUUUAAAUAGAGGCAAAAAGCGACAAAAAGAAUGAAAAAUCACAUAUCCUUUUCUUGAUUGUAGUUUAGAAAAGGUUUAAAAAAAUAAGCUCACUUGCACUAAACAGAGUUUCCUUCACCAGGUCUUAAUUCUUAAUAGUGAUCUUAACAAUAAUUACAAAUGAAUACAUUUUCUCAAUUUUAAAUACAGAUUUUCAUGCUAAAUAUUGUACAAAUAGUUAAAAAACGCUAAGCAGAUGUUUAAAAACAUUGAUACAGUUUACUUAUUUUAGAAAACUUGUUAAAAUUAUAGUUACAUAAUGAAAAAUCUGUGUAAAGUACAGACUUUCAGUUUAUAUUGAUGAUAUUCACAUCUAAACAGAGACAAGUUUUAGAAAUCACAGCUCUUUGUUAUGUGAAAUCCCCUUUUGCAGAGAUUAGGUUAAGCAUUGUCAGACUUCCAUGUCCUGUAUAAAACAACGACUUAGAAGUUUCUAAUAUUACAUUAUAGUGUUGUGCUCAGCAAGCAAUGUAGGUUUUUGACAGAAAAUAAUAUAAAUGCUUGCUUAGGGUGGAUGAUGAAAUAAACAUUUACAGGCCAUAAAUAAGAAUCCUUAACAUUGUUACCUUCUGCUCUAAAGAGUUCAAUUAUAUAGGGGCAGAACAGAAAAAGCUACACAUAACAACCUUUCUUUCCUUCUUUUCUUUUUUGGAAGAGGUGGGUGGUGAGGAAAGCAGUGUUCACCACCACCCCCAACCAGUUUCCUGGGGGAAACCCUGAAAGCUAUUCUGAAUUUCACAAGAAACAAGAAAGUUCAAAGAAGUCUAAAAAAGUUCUGUUACAUUUACAUCAGCCAUAACCAUACCAAUUACCUCAUUACAGUUCUAGUUUGGUCAGGCAGUUUCUGUGCUAGUUAUAAUUUUAUGAAUUUACAAAAUUAAAUCAAAACAGGAUUGCCCUUUAACACCUCCCCAUAGCCUUUAGGCUGUAUUUGACCCUCAAAUUAAAGGGGGUUGCCAUAGCUCACAAGUAUUUUCAACUGUAUGUGCAGUAUGUUCUUAUAUUACUAUGUGUACAAAUAUUUAGAGUUUGUACACACAGCUAUUUUGCAAGUGUUUGAGGAUCAUGCAACAUAUGCUUUAUAUUCAACAACUUCAACUUGGAGUGUCCAUAUAUCUAUAUAUAAACCCACAGUAAAUCUGAAUUAUAUGCGAGUAAAACCCCUACAGCCUUCCACUAUUACUCACUAUGUAGUGAUAUCUCUUGUACUACAUUUAUAUCAGAGCCAGGAGGUGAUAAUGUGUUUCUGAAAGUUUCAGACAUUUACAAAAAACAUUUAUGGGUUUAAAAAAAAAUAUUCCUCUAAUUUAUUGACUGAUAUAAUUCUGCAAUCAGAAAAGUUAAACUACAGCAUACAUAGUGCCUUGCAGAAAUUUCCAUGCCCCUUAUACUCUUUCACAUUCUGUCACCUUAGUAUUUAUGUAUUUUAUUUGGAUUCUGUAUGAUAACUGUGCAAUGCCCUUUUGCACUAAUACCCCUACAUAAAAUCCAGUGACAACCAGAUAACUUCAGAUAAGACCAAAACUAAACUUUUAGUCCUUCAUGCUAAAUUUUGUGUAUGAAAACGUCACCUUGAACAAACCGUCCCAAUGGUGAAACAUUGUGGUGGGAGCAUCAUACUGUGUGAGUUAAUGUGAAGAUGGAUACAAGAAAACCUGUUAGAGGGUGCAAAAGAUGUUGGUCUGGGGCCGAUGUUCAUUUUCCAGCAGAACACUCUAAACAUCCAGCCAGAGCUGCAAUAGAGUGACUUGGAUCAAAGAACAUUCAUGUGUUAGAAUGGCCUAGCCAAAGUCCAGACUUAAUUCCAAUCGAAAACCUGUGGCAAAACUUGUAACCUGGUGUUUACAGACAAUCUCUCCGCAAUCUAACUGAGCUUGAGGUAUAUUGCCAACAAGAAUGGCAAUGAUCUCAGUUCCUUUAUGUGCAAAGCUAGUCAAGACCCCAAAAUAACUGCAGCUGUAACUUCAACUGGUGAUAGUUCUUUAAAGCGUUGACUCAGGAAGGCUGAAUUGAAAUGCAUGCCUCACUUUUCCAAGUUUUACUUGUAAAACAUUUUGAAAAUCAUGCAGUGCCAAUAAAAUACACUGAAUCAUUUGGUUGUAAUGUCACAAAAGAUGAAAAAUUAGUAUAACGGGUAUAAUUCUUUUUGCCAGGCACUAUAACUUGAUUUGUUGUUAAGUCUGACAAGAUUAAUUUCUUUGAAAGGGCAAAAGGAUGUUCUGUGGUUUAAGAUAUAAUGAAUAUAAAGAACUAUGAAUUGCUCUCAACCAAAGACAACAAAUUAUUUCCUGUAUAUUUUGAGCAAACAGUGAUCAUUUAAGGUGUGUGCGUGCGUGUGAUGAUGCUGCUUUGUAGGUAUCAACGCUGUUAGGCUCACGACCACAAGGUGCUGGCCAGCAGCUACAGUGAGAAAUGAUUGUGCCCCUGCAUGAGCUUGUUAAGUGAUACACACGGAUGUUUGUACUGCUGCGCAUUCGCACUUACACAGGCUGCACUGACCUCAUUAAAGUGCAGUUUAUAAUCGUAGCUUUAGGUUUAAUUUCUGAUGUUUGAGGAAAAAAAUUUUACUUGUAACACAAUAUAUACACUUUGUUUUUUAUUAUUUAAACUUUUUUCAAUCUCCUUAAAGCAAACUGACUUUAUAAUUUACUCAGGACAGAAGGAAUAAAAACUGCAGUGUGGAUAUAAGUUUUGGUUUUGUUUUUUAAAUGAAAUCUUACUUGGAAUUCUGCUCAGAAACUCUCAGGAGACAAACAACAUGGCUCUUUAUAGCAUUAGAGCAAAAAAAAAAAGGAAAAAGACAGUUUUCAUACUUGUAAAGCUCCACUCAUUUAUAAGUACCUAUGUGAGUCAGGUUGUCUUUUUUCUUUCUUUUUCUGUGGGGUAACCCUAAGCGCACACUCAGACCUCAGUACUAAAGAACUCCCCAUAACACUUAUGAGAAAUAAUGUCUGUGUGUGUAUAACUAAUAUGUGGAAUAACUACACCACUGGCAUUCAAGGACUCUAAUAUAUAGAUAGAAAAAUAAAUCUCCCACUAAGGUCCAUAAAAUGUCUGUUUUCCUUUAUAUAUCUGUAAAUAUUCCUAAUAAUAAACCUGCACUUAAAUGACA